GGGAGGAUUAUUGAUUAUUAAAACAAAUAAUUAGGGAUUUGGAAUGUGGUUGUGAAUUUAAAUGAAGUGUUAGGAUUGAAAGAUAAGUGCUGAGGACCGCAAGGAUAAACCGACUGCCUGAUUUUGUUUGCAAACCAGAAGCCAAUUCUUUCGACCCGAGGACCAAUCGGGUAGCCCCAGUUUGACAGAUGUUCCAAUUGUUCCGUGUUCCAGCGCAGAAGGAGGAGGAGCUUCUGGUAGUAAACACAAUCUUCCUUGUGUUACAGGAAAUAAUGGCGGGAAUAUGUUUUACAGCUGCCCUUCCGAUUGGUUUAAAAUGAUCUCACUCCGAUCCUGGAACCGCGUUCACUAACUCUACACCUUAACAUGUCUGGCCGUGGCAAAGGAGGCAAAGUCAAGGGAAAGUCAAAGACCCGUUCCAGCAGGGCCGGACUUCAAUUCCCCGUCGGUCGUAUCCACCGAAUGCUCCGCAAGGGAUCGUACGCUGAGCGCGUCGGUGCCGGUGCUCCCGUCUACUUGGCUGCCGUCAUGGAGUACUUGGCCGCUGAGGUCCUCGAGUUGGCCGGUAACGCCGCCCGUGACAACAAGAAGACCCGCAUCAUCCCUCGUCACUUGCAAUUGGCCAUCCGCAACGACGAAGAGUUAAACAAACUUCUCUCCGGUGUCACCAUCGCUCAGGGUGGUGUCUUGCCCAACAUCCAGGCCGUUCUCUUGCCCAAGAAGACCGACAAACCCGCCAAGGCUUAAACUUCUCCCGUCCUUAAAUAAACGGCCCUUUUCAG